GUUGGCUGUUGAAGGUACUAAUGGGAUAGAUAAUCACGUACCUACAAGUGCUCUAGUCCAGAACUCAUGCUGUUCACAUGUAGUUAAUGGAGACAGUACACCUUCAUCUCCAUCUCAGGUUGCUGCCGGACCCCAAAAUACACCAGCUCCAAAACCACUCACAUCUGAGCCUGCCAGUGAUACUGUUAAUGGAGAAUCAUCCUCAUCUGCACCAACUGAUAAUGCUUCCGCCAUAGAUACUCCAGUAGUAUCUGAAGAAACCACCGUGUCUUCAAACUGCACUAUUACUACUGUUGAAGAUCCUGCAGUUCAAGAAAUACUGACUUCCUCAGAAAACAAUGAAUAUAUUCCUUCUCCCAGUGCAGAACUGGUAUCUGAAGCUAGAAGUAUGUUAGACCCUGACACCUUUAAUUCUGGAAAUAGUUCUGGUUUUGAAGCAGCCAAAUUAAGGCAGCCAGAUGGAUGUGUGGAAACUGUACGGCAGCAGUCUGGAAAUGCCAAUACAGAAACUUUGCCAUCAGGGUGGGAACAAAGAAAAGAUCCUCAUGGUAGAACCUAUUAUGUAGAUCAUAACACUCGAACUACCACAUGGGAGAGACCACAGCCUUUACCUCCAGGUUGGGAAAGAAGAGUUGAUGACCGUGGAAGAGUUUAUUAUGUGGAUCAUAACACCAGAACAACCACAUGGCAACGGCCUACCGUGGAAUCUGUCCGAAAUUUUGAACAGUGGCAAUCUCAGCGAAACCAAUUACAGGGAGCUAUGCAACAGUUCAACCAACGAUACCUCUAUUCG